AUGUUGAAAGUUGCUUUGCUCAUAAUUGAUAUCCAAGAAGACUUUCUUCCUCCUAAUGGCACAUUGGUUGUUCCAAACGGAAGAGAAGUAAUCGAACAGAUAACAAAAUUGUGUGACCUAUCUAAGUACCCUUGGCUGGCCGUGGCAGUGACUCAGGAUUGGCAUCCACCAAAUCACACCUCGUUUGCAUCCCAGCAUGGUGUGGAGCCCUUUACAGAUGUUGAGUUCGAACAUCCAUUGGAAGAGAAGAACGCAUGCACUGGAAAAGUGAAAACUAAGGUACAGACGGUUUGGCCCGAUCACUGCGUGCAAGGAACGUUUGGUGCUUCUAUCGAGAAGAGCAUAAUGGAGACAUACUACAAGCUACCUGAGGAACUUCCCAAAAUUGUCGUUCAGAAGGGAUGCUUGCAUGAUCGCGAGUACUAUCUGUGCUUCAGUGAUGUGUGGAAGUUGCACAAAACCGAUCUUGAAGAUUUCCUACUCAAGAAUGACAUCAAUCAUGUCGUUUGCGUGGGAUUAGCGUACGAUUUCUGCGUCUUGAACUCCGCAAUAGACAGCCAGAUGUCUGGAUUCUCGACCGCAGUCCUCAAGAAUUGUUGCAGAAGUGUUUAUCAAGACAAGAUAGCAGAGACAGAAAAGUUGUAUGGCGACGCAGGCGUCGCAUUGUUUGAGAGUAUUGACGAGUACUUGACCUCGUUGAAGAAAUAG